CUAUAGCAUAUUGCUGAAUGUAUCAUGAAGCUGUAGCCUGUGACUGCCGAAGGCCCCAGUGAACAGUGUGUGUCUGAACUCCGUGUUCCUGUCGAUAAAGUUUUUUCAAAUUCCCACUGCAGCAAUGGCGGCUCCCAUGACCUGGAGGAGGCUGGUGUACUCGGUGUACACACCGGCCCUUGCCGGGGUCUUUACCCGAAUAUCUGACCGACUCUUCCGGGCGCGGGACAGGAGAAGAGGGUCCUCGGUGCUGCUGCUGGCCCCCCUGCUGGCAGAGGCUGAGGCGGCCCCCCGACGCAUCUCCAAGCCCACCGGCUCGGCUGGAGCGCAGGGCACCGACGGCCUCCUCGCCCGCUUCCGAUGGAUGGCAGAGUACGUGCCGGCCUUCAGGGUGCCGGGCGCCCACAUCCACAUCCUCACCUCGCCCGAGGAGUUCUACCAGACGAUGAAGGCUCGCAUCAAGACUGCAAAGCGGCGAGUGGUGAUGGCCUCCUUGUAUCUGGGAACAGGUCCUCUAGAACAAGACCUGGUGGACUGUAUGGAGGAAGCUCUGCGGCGCUCGCAGGAAGACAGCCACGCUCCCGACCUCAAAGUCUCCGUCCUGCUGGACUACACGCGCGGCUCUCGAGGUGAGAUUAACUCCCGGACCAUGCUGCUGCCGCUGCUGCAGCGCUUCACCUCGCAGAUGCGCGUCUCCCUGUACCACACGCCCGACCUCAGGGGGCUGCUGCGGCUGCUGGUGCCUCAGCGCUUCAACGAGACCAUCGGGGUCCAGCACAUCAAAGUCUACUUGUUUGACGACAGCAUCAUCAUCAGCGGGGCCAACCUGAGCGACUCCUACUUCACCAACAGACAGGACCGCUACGUGCUGCUGGACAACUGCGGCGAGCUGGCCGACUUCUUCUCCGACCUGGUGGGAGCCGUGGGCGACGUUUCCCUGCAGCUCCAGCCCGACGACUCGGUCACCAUGCUGGACGGCAUGGUGCAUCCGUACAAAGGCAACCGCGACGACUUCUCGGCCUCUGCCAGGAAGCGGAUCAUGGAGGUGGUGAACUCGGCGCGCACGCAGCAGCGCCUGCUCAGCCAAUCAGAGGACUCCGAGGACGAAGGGACGGGCGACAGGGAGGAAGGGGAGGAGGACACGUGGGUGUUUCCUCUGGUCCAGAUGAAGCCUCUGGGGAUCCAGGUGGACGAGCAGGUCACACAGCACUUGCUGACAGGGGCGGGCGCCGACACCACCGUGUUUCUAACGUCGGGAUACUUCAACCUGACCCGGGCCUACAUGGGGCUGGUCCUCGGGGCCGGAGCCAGCUACCGCAUCCUCACCGCCUCCCCGGAGGUCAACGGCUUUUUCGGGGCCAAGGGCGUCGCCGGAGCGAUCCCCGCCGCGUACAUUCACAUCGCCAGACAGUUUUACAAUGAAGUGUGCCAGCUGGGCCAGCAGGAGAGGGUGCACCUGCACGAGUACCACCGGCCGCAGUGGACCUUCCACGCCAAAGGUCUGUGGUAUUACCUCCAGGGACAGAGUCGGCCGUGCCUCACUCUAAUUGGCUCUCCUAAUUUCGGUUACCGCUCAGUUCACCGUGACCUGGAGGCCCAGAUCGCCAUAGUAACAGCAAAUCAGGAUUUGCAGGCGCAGCUGCAGGAGGAGCAGGAGUUGUUGUACCAGCGUUCCACAGAGGUAUCCAGCUCCACAUUUGAGCGGCCGGACCGCCACGUCAAGCUAUGGGUCAAACUGGUCACUCCCCUCAUCAAGAACUUCUUCUGAUUCGCCAUCAGGCAGGACGGCUCUGCAAUGGAAGAUCCAGAUGGAAGCCGCUCCUUUAAUACGGGUCCUGUACACGGGACAGUCGGACGAAUCGGCAAAAAUCACCGGCAUUCUGGGAAUCUGCUCCUUCUGUGUGUCACAUAAAAGCCCCUGUGAAUACACACACGUACAUACACAUACACACACACACACACACACACACACACACACACAGGAGCAGACCCAAGACGAAGAGGAAUCAUCACCAUGAUCUCCAGAUCCUGUGACUGUUCAUCUCAAACCGAUCUGAGGGCCGACUCUGUUCCUGCUGCUCCCAUCGGACCUUUUGGUUUACGAAGGCCUGACGUCACAGCACUGACUUCUGUCUCUGUGGUUGCAUCAACUACAAGAAAAAAAAAAAAAUUUCCAUGACAUAUUUCCACAAGUAUCUGUUGGCAUGUAUAAGCAAGCAAUAGGGACUGUGUGUCAUGCAGUGAGUGUUUUGGUGUGGCAGAGCCUUUCCUCUCCCUGAAGGAGCCUUAAUAACAGUCGACGGGAGCUCUAACACUGUCUGCUCUGCCCACGCCUCGCACAGUCAUCACAGUAACUGUACACUGUCUGUGUGUUAUUCUUAUCUUUGUAAUUUAAAAUAACGUGGUGCAUUUUUAAAUGGGAUUAAACGUGUGAGUGAGUUACUCUGCU